CGCGUGCGCCCUGACAGCAGAGCGGAGCGGUUUUUUUGCAAAGUGGCAGCUCCGGCUUCUCUCUCCAGACAUCAGUCUGAAACGCAGCUCCGCUGGAGGACACACUCUGCGCACCGUCUCCUUCAGCCAUCCGGGUUUGAGCCGCCGAGCAACAAAACAUCUCCCCCACUCCUUCCCUUCAGAACUAGAAAAGAGAAGCUCUGUACGGACAAGUGAUGGAUGAAAGAAUACCGCACUUACAGGACAGGCAGUUCAUGGAGCACGCGGAUUUCCUGGGGAUGGAUUUCCCUCCGCUUUACAUGUGCAAAUCGAAACGAGGCAUAAAGCGAGAGGACGGUGGGAAGGAUGCGUACAAGUUACCGCACCGGCUCAUAGAGAAGAAGAGGAGAGACAGAAUUAACGAAUGUAUCGGGCAGCUGAAGGAUCUACUGCCCGAACAUCUGAAGCUCUCGACGCUCGGUCAUUUGGAGAAAGCGGUGGUGCUGGAGUUAACGCUGAAGCAUCUGAACGCACUGACUGCUGUCACCGAGCAGCAGCACCAGAAGAUCAUCUCCCUGCAGAAUGGAGACCGCUCAUUGAAACCUCCCAUCCACACAGAUCUGAAUGCGUUCCACUCAGGUUUCCAGACCUGCGCCAAAGAGGUUCUGCAGUACCUGAGCCAAGCGGAGAACUGGACCGCCAGAGAGCAGAGAUGCGCGCAGCUCAUCAACCACCUUCACAAGGUCCUGGCGCAGUUUCAGCCGGACGCACCGCCGCUCCAGCAUCAGCUGCCCGCCGGGGACGCGCAGGACGCACAGAAGCCCGAAUGUCAAACCAACUGCGUCCCGGUCAUCCAGAGGACCCAGGGCGGGGAACUUAACGAGAACGAUACAGACACGGACAGCGGAUACGGCGGGGAGGCGGAAAAGAGCGACGGCAAAGACAAAGAGUGUGAGCGCAACAAGGCGGUGAAGAUCAAGCAGGAGUUUGGAGAUGACAGAGCGGCUAAAAAAACUAAGAUGUGCUGGUCAGGGAACGGGGACCCGUCCAGACCAGACGUGGCGUUCAUGAAUUCUCUGAUGGGAUUAAGCGGUGUGGGACAGCAGACACCGAUUUGCAUGCCUUUCUACUUCAUCAACCCGUCAGCCGCGGCGCCCUAUAUGCCUUUUUUCGACAAAAGCAACAUUGAAAAGUACAUGUACCCCGCAGCGGCAGCCCUGGCGUCCCCGUUUCCCUGGCUGUAUCCCGCACACGCGUCAGCAGCGGCGGCCGCGGCAGCGGCGGCCGCAUUUCCCGGCCUGUCUGCGCACCUCGGAGCCACCGCGCAGCCCAAAGACUCCCAGCUUCAAGAUGACAGCGGGUCACGCGAGGCCGACGCGAGCUCACCUGAGGAGCACGAGGAAACUCCCGCGAGUGACGACGGAGAGGGUGACGUAGAUGACACGUCCCCAGACAGCAAGAACAGCUCACAGGAGCAGCUUUCUGCCUGUCCAACGAGCUAAUAUGUCUGUGUACCUCUCUGAGUUUCUGUAUUUACAUUUUUUAUUAUUAUUUAGGCUAGUUUUAAAACGGGGAAGUUCUCAUGUAUACAAUAUCUUGGGGCAGCAGGGGACAUUUGUGUGGAAGCUCAAAUCUGCCAUUUGAAAGUAUAAAAUGGAACAGGUACACCAUAAAUAUGAGUUGAAACUUUAAAUCUAUUAGAUACAAUAUCAUAAGUGGCUCUUGAUAACGCUGCUGUCUUGCUGCAACCCGGGUUCAAUGCCAGCUUCUGCUGUUUUUGCAUGGAGUUUGCAUGUUCUCCCCAAAGAGGGGUUGGUUCUCUCUGGGUACUCUGGCUUUCCCCAACAGCCCAAUUCUCUUAGAUAUGGUCCUGCUGAACUGGAGACCAUGCAAGGACAGGUUUAUAUAGACUAUAAUUUCAAGAUUCAUUGUCAUACAUGCACACACACCCACACACACACAUAUAUAUGUGUACAAUUUAAAGUCGUUUAUGAAAGAAGAACAUAUAUUUUGACUUAACGUUAGAACUAUGAAACUUAAAGUUCCGACUUUGUGUCACAAGUUUCACUUCCAAAGUCAAAACUAUAAGAAUUGAAGUCACAUUUUUGACUUUCAAUCCCCGCCUCCCCCAAAAAACUAAAAUAAACACACAGUUAUGUGGGUUUUGAAUAUAAUCUACAUAAACUACAGAGUCAUUAUUGUAAUCUGAAGCCAUAAUUUCAAUUUGGAAGAACAAAUUUUGAGAUAUCAAGUGUUAAUUCUUUCAUUGGAUGUUAAUGUUUUGACUUUGUGUGUUUUGAAAAAUUAAAUGAAAGUUUAUUAUUUCACUUUCAAAUGUAAACACACUAGACACAAAGUCAGAAUUUGGACUUUCAAAGUAAUAGUCAUGACUUUUACUGUUAGAAAUAUGAAAGAAUAACUUUCGAUCUUUUUCUUUCUAAAUUGAAACUAUGAGAUCAGGUUUUAACUUUGGAAGUCCUAAUUACAAAUUCUGAGAUUUAAAGUUAUGACAAUCGAUCGUUUUAUUUUAAAAUUUUGCCUAAUAAAAUAUCUAAAGGCAGAAUGUCUCUUAAGUCCUAAUUCUUGUUAAAAAUUAUAAUAAUGUCUUUUAAUCUUGGUUUUGAGAAAUUCUGGGUUUAAGUCAUAUUUUUUCCUCCCAAAUAUAUAGAGACGGUUUUACAUCAUACAAAUGUAUUCUAUAACUUAUAAAUAUGACAAUUGAGUGUUAUAAUUGUAACAUUAAAGGUUGAAAUUAUAGUAAAGUUAUGACUUGCAUAGCAAAAAUCAUGCCUGAAACUCAAAGUUAUGAUGUAUCAUAGCCUAUUUUUUCUGAAAGUGGUGGGAUUGGGCUUCCAUACGGUUGUAAUUUUGUGUGCCUUUUGCACUUCUGCUUGUUUCAAACAAUCUGAAUGACUAUCGACAAUGAUUGACACUUCACGGCUGUGUUGUGAUGCAGUUAUUUUAUGUUUUUUUUUAAAUUCUCUGACAAAAUAUUUUGACAGGCAGUAUUGGUGUCAAAAAUUUAAGUCACCAUUUCACUAUGUCCCAAACAAUGAUAUACUCCUCAUAAUUCUAGAGGCACUUUCUAUGGGUGCCUCUAGAAAGUUUUGAAAUGGGGUGGAAGCGUGGAGGGGUGGCUCUAAUAAUCUUUUGUUCACACACUAAAACCAAAAGAGAGACUUCAGUGUGGAAAUAAGGCUGUUUGGCUUGAAAAUUUGUCGCCACUACCUUUGCCUCCCCAGGACCCUCAUGGUGGCACCCCUUGCAGAUGUGGGAGCUGAAACUUACCUCGUCUUAUGAAUUAAAACAAACAAACAAAAAUCAGGCAAACUCUGGUUGUAAAUAUUAGCCUGAAAUGUAAAUGUGAGCUACAGGGAUCUGGAGAAGAUGCAUAGUCCUCAUUACCUCACUCCAAUGUUGCAUGAGGCUAGUUGAGAGGAAAAUUAACUGGCUCGUCCUGAAAAUACCUGAGUGGGUCCCAACAUGCACACAAAAGCUACAGAUCACUUUUAAUACUCAACUUUUGUUUUGGGAACAGGGCAGGAAGAUGAGCCUGAUUUGCUGAACCUCAUCUUAAAUGUUUCUUUUGAACGCCAGUGCUGUUGGAAAAAAGUUCACAAAUCUGUCAGAAUAAUUGGAAGAUGAGACUCUCAAGGAUAUUCUUGACCAGAAUAUUGUAGUGACCUCCUGUACCUCCAGGAAACAUUGUAGGAUAGCACCUUAUAGAUCUUUGUUAUUGAAUGUACCUGUAUUUUCCCAAUAUUCCAUGUAGGAUGAGACGUUAAGUGCACUUUUUUCAGCUUUUAAUCCCUUCAGUCACCUUAUCAUUCAGAAAGUCGAUCACUGUAGUUCUUUGUUGUGUUUAGGUUUCUCUUUCAAAAGGAUCCAGUUUAGUUUGUAUUCAUUUCAUGCUGUAAAGUGCUGGCUGAUAAUUUUUCCCAGUUUUUGUUUCAAGCUAUUUCAUGGGAAAAUGAAAUUUGAAAAACCUGCUCUAAGCUUCAGGCAAUCAUUAUGUGAACAUGGGAGAAAAACUGUGGUCAUUGCCAUGUUAAGAACUUUUUUAGCUCCUGUUUUCUAUUUUUACCAAUACCUGCAAGUGUAAUAUUGUUCUGGUCUUUUUUUUUUUUAAAAAGGUUUCACACUAGAGGCACAAACCUUAUUGUGCUUCACAAACAUUUCAAUGCGUUUGUAGGUUUUGCUUAGUUGUUUUUGCCUCAAAGCUCUUAACAACUUUACAAGUGGCAUGUGUAUUUGUUGUACAUAGUUUUUUGCAAUAUCCCAUAAAGUAUACAUGUUUUGUCAUUGUUGUAGAAGUCUCUAGAUUUUUUCUUCUUUUUUUAAAGAUUUUCCUGAACAACUGUUGCACUUUUCGUUGGCGCUUUACACGUAUGCUGUUCUAAAUUAUUGCUGAUGAGUUGUAAAAUAAAUAUCAAAAAUGAAACUUUA